UUAUGCGGAGAUAAUAAAAAGACUCCAAGCCCCAGCGACGGUCGCUGCUCUUUUUCUCGUCGAGCAGGGGGAGUAGUCACAGCUGGAAGGAUAAUAAGAUGCGCAUGAAUUUACAAUCAGGAAUAAAAGAUAAGAGAAAAUAAAUGGACUGCUCGGUAAGCUUUCCUGUGCCUGUAUGUAAAAGUUAACUUAUUUGUUCGAGAAGGGAUACUCCUCAUCGCGACGCUUUUGUGUGUGACAGCCGUAAAGUGUGGAAUAAUAAACUUCAGACUCCGCUUUCCUCAGUUGAUGGAGUUACAAAGUUUCUUCAGUCUGCUCACAAUGGAAAGAAAAGCGCCCUUCGCUGACUGUGAAGGCUUCCUGUGGUCGGAGUGGAUCACUGACCUAAGAAAGGAGAAGGAGCACCACUACAGGCUAUGAAAUUUGUUGCAGUGAUUUUGCUGCAGAAGUCUGAGGAUUGUUUGGAGACAUUUUAUCCAUCAGCCAUCCAUCAGGAGAAUCAGUGUUUGUUGAGUGAGGUGGGCGGAUUGGCUGUUACCCUCUUAAUUCAUGAAAAGCUAUGUUGAUUUCAUUAAAAUAAACAGUGCUGACUCACUACCACUGAUGAAGACCAAAGAGCCCCCCUACCUAGCGUUCAUCUACAGAGAUCCCACUCUGUUUUUUUCCACCAGCCUUCACUAAAACCUCCUCUAUUCGGCAUUUCAAGUUGCUAUUGGAAGAAACCCAAUGUCUGCCUCCUCUCCCCCAUCCUUACCUCGAGCCUUCCUUCACUCUCUCCAUCCGCACCACCCAUCCUCGCCGAGCCCACCUGGACCGCUCUACACGCGGCUGUCUAACGGCAGUCACAGCGUCCCCAGUCCUACAAACUCCCGCGGCUCUUUCCAUGGGGUGUCUUUCCUGCUGCAGAUAGGACUGACCAGAGAGACGGUGAACCUGGAGGCCAGUGACCUGUCGCUGUCCUCUGUCAAGGACCUGGUGUGCUCCAUAGUGGACCAGAAGUUCCCUGAGUGCGGCUUCUUCGGCAUGUAUGACAAGAUCCUCCUGUUCCGCCAUGACUUAAGUGACGAGAACAUCCUGCAGAGGCUGACGUCAGCAGAGGACAUCCACGAAGGAGACCUCAUUGAAGUGGUGCUUUCUGCUCAAGCCACAGUUGAAGACUUCCAGAUACGACCUCAUGCUCUUUAUGUCCACUCAUACAAAGCCCCCACCUUCUGUGACUACUGCGGGGAGAUGCUAUGGGGUCUCGUCCGACAAGGGCUCAAAUGUGAAGGAUGUGGGUUAAACUACCACAAACGCUGCGCCUUUAAGAUCCCAAAUAACUGUACUGGCGUGAGGAAGAGAAGACUGUCAAAUGUUUCCCUGCCUGGACCCUCCCUCUCAGUCCCCAGACCGGCACCUGCAGAAAAUGCCGUGGUGGUCCUGGAUGAGCAGAGGUCCCAUCAGGAGGCAGGGAAGAGGAUCCUGUCCUGGAGCGGGAGGCCUAUCUGGAUGGAGAAGAUGGUGCUGGGGCGGGUCAAGGUGCCACACACCUUUGCCAUCCACACGUAUACUCGCCCCACAAUCUGCCAGUACUGCAAGCGUCUGCUCAAGGGGCUCUUUCGCCAGGGCAUGCAGUGCAAAGAUUGCAGAUUUAACUGCCACAAGCGAUGUGCUUCAAAGGUACCAAGAGACUGUUUGGGCGAGGUGGACUUCAAUGGAGAACCAGCCAGUCCUGGCCCAGACUCAGACACUACCAUGGAUACCAUGGAGGUGGACAGUAAUGACAUGGAUGGAGGCCGCGGACUAGACGACCCAGAGGAGCCCUCUACCCCUGAUGAGAGGAUGUUCGACCUGGAUUCCCCUUUCCUGGACAGAGAGAAGGAUGAAGAGCCCAUCAAGACUAUAAGUCCUUCCACAAGCAGCAACAUCCCUCUUAUGCGGGUGGUCCAGUCCAUCAAACACACCAAGAGACGAAGCUCCACUGUGGUAAAGGAGGGCUGGAUGGUCCAUUAUACGAGUAGGGACAACCUGCGGAAGAGACAUUACUGGAGGCUGGAUAGCAAGAGCCUGAGUCUGUUCCAGAAUGACACCGGGGCAAAGUUUUACAAAGAAAUUCCUCUCUCUGAGAUCCUCCAGGUUGAAAAGUCCAGAGACUUCAGUAAUCUGGCACAGGGUAGCAACCCACACUGCUUUGAGAUCAUCACCGCCACCAUGGUCUACUACGUAGGAGAGAACAACUGCAGUCACUACCACAGCCCGGCGCUCGCGGCCUCAGGGGUGGGCAUGGAGGUGGCUCAGGGCUGGGAGAAAGCCAUCAGACAGGCCCUGAUGCCCGUCACCCCUCAGCCCAGCGUGGCCAGUGCUGCCGGACAGGGCAAAGAUCAUAAAGAGCUGUCCAUAAGCAUAUCUGUGUCCAACAGCCAGAUACAGGAAAACGUGGAUAUCGCCUCAGUUUACCAAAUAUUCUCUGAUGAGGUUCUGGGAUCGGGCCAGUUUGGCAUCGUGUAUGGAGGGAAGCACAGAAAAAGUGGUAGAGAUGUGGCCAUCAAGGUUAUUGAUAAGAUGAGAUUUCCUACCAAGCAGGAGAGCCAGCUAAGGAAUGAGGUGGCCAUAUUACAGAAUCUGCAUCACCCAGGUAUUGUGAACUUGGAGUGCAUGUUUGAGACACCAGAGCGGGUGUUUGUGGUGAUGGAGAAGCUGCAUGGAGACAUGCUGGAGAUGAUUUUGUCCAGUGAGAAGAGCAAACUUCCUGAACGGAUCACCAAGUUUCUAGUCACACAGAUUUUGGUGGCCUUGAGACAUCUGCACUUCAAAAACAUCGUCCACUGUGACCUAAAGCCUGAGAAUGUUCUACUUGCAUCUGCAGAACCGUUCCCUCAGGUAAAGCUGUGUGACUUUGGCUUUGCCCGCAUCAUUGGUGAAAAGUCAUUUCGGCGGUCUGUUGUGGGAACCCCAGCUUACCUGGCUCCAGAGGUGCUCCGCAGUAAAGGCUACAACCGCUCCUUAGACAUGUGGUCAGUGGGAGUUAUUGUGUACGUCAGCCUGAGUGGGACCUUCCCUUUCAACGAGGACGAAGACAUUAACGACCAGAUCCAGAAUGCUGCCUUCAUGUACCCUCCUACGCCCUGGAAGGACAUCUCUGCAGAGGCCACAGAUCUGAUUAACAACCUUCUCCAAGUCAAGAUGAGGAAGAGGUACAGCGUGGAUAAGUGUCUCAGCCAUCCCUGGUUACAGGACUAUCAGACAUGGUUGGACCUCAGGGAGUUUGAGACAAGGCGAGGUGAGCGUUACAUCACUCAUGAGAGUGACGACGCACGCUGGGAGGAGUUCGCAGAUGAGCACAGUCUUGUUUACCCCAAACACUUCAUCAUGGCUCCUAACCUGGAUGACAUGGAAGAGGACCCCUAGUGGUACAGGACUUUUACAACACCACAUGUAUUAAAGACAAGGACUGUCACUGAAGCUUCGAGAGCCGAGGGUGUUCCAUCCCAAACUGUUUGUUUUGGAAACAGAGAGGGAAGCCGAUCAGGUGGGGGAUGACUCACUGGGGGCUUUAAAAGGAGAGGAAACCAGACAGAAACUGUAGCAUGAUCUACUGCGACAAGCAGCAUGCAGACGGAGGAUGGAGAUGUGUUCAACAGAGACGCAUUAAGAAACUGUCGGUGGAGAUCAGUGUGUCUUCUUUUUGCACAAUAUCGGAAACAUUCCAUGGAUUUGCUCAAGUUUGGUUCAUUUCUAAGAAAAAUCACCAACCAAAAUGUGCAAAGCAAACUUAGAUUAGAUAUAGUACACACAAUUUUGGUAAUAAUGAGACUAUUUUCUUAAAGUGUGAGAGUGGGUCAGAGAGAGAGAGAGAGAGAGAGCUUACCCAAGGAGUAAAGGGCACUUUUCACAAGGGAUUUACUGCCUGAUAAUAUAAAACACAAGAUUUCCUCUCAUUUCAGAAGUAUUUGUGAGACUGUCCUUUGGCAUGAAACUGGAACUUUCACAUAAACUUGUUUUGUUUUUAAUGUAUUUUGUAAAAAUUGUAGAUUUUUGCACUAUAUCACCAUUAAACACAUCAAUUGAAUAAACGCUAUUCGCUGCUGGAGAGAGAAAACACUUCUUUAUAAAAAAUCAGCCUGUAAAAUAUCCAUGCAGUGUUGUCUGCUUUAAAAUCUAACAUGCCAGAGAAAAGAUAUUUUGGAAAAACUUGUGGUUGGAGAAUAACCUGUUAAUGAUCGCCAAUAGGGCGCAGGAUUUUUUCAUAUUUCUCCUGAGCAGUUACCAGCAUGCUUUGACCAAUUAUCUUUAACCAAAAUUUUUUUGUUGUUUUUUUUUUUCUUUUAGUUUUAAUGAACUUGCAGGACACGCUAAAGACCAAACCUUUAAACUUAAAGUAAAUGCAAUAAGGAGCCAAUUUUUCUCUAUCUGUUGUGAAGCUAACUCAGCACGGACUCUAUGUUGAAGCUUCAUUCUUCUGUGCAUCUUUCUCUGUUUUCUUGAAUUAAUGUGACUUUCUUAGCACUCUGGUUCUGGAAUAUGUGUUACUGUUGAUCUUUACUUAUAUGAAGUUCUGCAUUCCCUGUCAUACCAAUUUUUGGUGACAAUGAACAAAUUAUUUUUGUCUUGUUUACUAUGUUGAUCGAACCAAAUCAACAGUCCAUUUGUCCAGACAGUAGGCCUUAAAAAAGACAAUUUGACUGGAUGGGAGUUAAAGUACUACACAUUUGUAGUUUUCUGUCGGUGUAUUUUGGGAGUACAUUCUGUUCCCUGUUGUCCUUUUCCUGUCUUUGUUGCCGCUGGAUUGGCAGGUGUCAGUGUUUUGUAUAUUUCAGUACAUACCAAUGGAAUAAAAACCAAACUUCCUAACU